AUGUGCUCCGUCUUGCCCAGCCCGGGCAGCUCGAUAACGCUGCGCGUCUCCUACGUGGACGUCCACCCCGAGGCGCCCCUGGUGAGGCUGUGGGGGCUGCCCGGGGAGCGCAGGGAGGAGUACUUGCGGCUGGCCGAGACCAUCCAGGCCAAGGCCGGGCCCCGCUUGGCUGGCGCCCCCGGGGCCGGCGGCCACGCAGACGCGCUGGCGCUGGGCGACCUGUGCCUGGUGGAGCUGGGCCGGCGCUGGUUCCGCUGCCGCGUGGUGAGCCGCCAGCGGGGGCCCGGCCAAGCCUGCCGCGUCUUCCUGCUCGACGAGGGCCGCACGGUGAGCGCCGGCGCCUACUACCUGGCCCGGGGCGCCAGCGAGCUCUUCCACCUGCCUUCCGAAGUGCUGGGCUGCAUCCUCGCCGAUUUGGUGCCGCCUGGGAGGACCGGGGACGCCGCCGACGCUGUCGCCAGAGGGCUGACGGGCUUCCCGCCGCUGGGCUCUGGCAUGCUGCGCUUCAGCUGGACGGCCGGCGCCGUGGAGUUCCUGGGCUACCUGCAUGGCAAGGAGGUGUCCGGCCUCGUCCGGGAAGUCUUGAUCCCGCAGUGCCUGGUGGUGCUGGAGCUGCCCUGGCUGCUGGCCCAGAUGCGCCACCUGGGCCUUGCCGGCCAAGUCUCCCCCAGCGCCUUCUACACGUUGCUCAACAACUCCCUGGGAGGUACUGGCGUUGCUCCUCUCUUGACAGAGCCAUCCUUUCCCCCUCCCCAGGCCCCCAUCCUCACCUCUGCAGCCCAACCCCAGUUGGAUCGCUCCCCUUGGGAGUACUUCUACCCCCAGCUGGAGUUGAAUGUGACCGAGCCUGUGUACGUGACUCAAAUCUCUGACCCCUAUAGAGUAUAUUGUCAGCUGCGCAGCCUUUCCAAAGAGAUCCAGAUACUCUCAGAUGCCAUGUACCAGGCUUUUGAGGCAUCCAAAGGAAACAACUUACAGGCAUUUUUGCCCAGCCCCGGUUCCCCCUGUGCAGCCCGGGGCAUGGAUGGAUGCUGGUAUCGAGCUCUGCUACUAGAGAUAUACCCUGGGAGUGGUCCAGAGGACCAGCCAGGGGCAGUAGCCCUGGUGAUCUGUGUAGAUUAUGGCAGAAAAGAGUUUGUGACAAAGAGAAACCUGCGGCAUUUGCCAGCUGAGUGUUUUCGCAUGCCGGUAGUGACCUACCCUUGCUCAUUGCAUGGUAUUACAGAUGGUGGUUGUGGCUGGACCCGUUCACAAAUCAGUCAGCUUAAAACAUUGCUGUUGGGCAAGGUGGUGCAAGCCCGCAUUGAAGCUUAUUGUCCCCUCGAGCAUCUGUAUUAUGUGACCCUCUAUGGGGAAGAUGGUCUCAACCUUAACUGCCUCUAUGGGGUGCAGGCACACUGCCUGGCCCAGGGUCUCCUGCACAGCAGUCAAGAGUACACGUCUGACUUGAUGACUGAACUGGACAGCGUAGGUCCUCCAGCCAAGAAGGAGCCUGGCUCUCUGUUGGGAGCAUCGUCUGCACUUCCUGCUGCUGCCACCCCACUUCCUGUUGUGCACUUGAAGGCAGGCGACUGUCACAGUGCUCAAGUGUCCUUUCUGCAAGACCCUACAGAAUUCUGGGUGCACCUCCAAGAGUAUCGCCAACCCCUCUGUCACCUGAAGCGUAACUUAAGUGACUUCUAUUCUCAGACUAAGAAACUGGAGGGUAUUCUUCUGGAGCCCAACCCAGGAUCCCUCUGUUGUGUCAUGUUGAAAGAGAACUCUUAUCACCGUGGUCUUGUCACCAAAGUACAGGGGAAGGGCAUUGAAGUCUAUCUGGUAGAUAGAGGAAACACUGAAAUAGUGGACUUGUAUAAAGUGAAAGAGCUGCUUCUCCAGUUCAGAGAACUUCCUGCUGUGGCGCUCAGGUGUGCGUUGGCUAAUCCUUCCCCGAAUCAGUCAUGGGGUCCAGAUGCUGUAGAUUAUUUCAGGAAAACUGUGCUAAACAAAGAACUGGUGAUCAAGGUCCUAGGCAUGCAAGGAGAUAUAUACAUAGUUGAACUCUUUGAUCAUUCCCUGAUAGGAGAAAAAAACAUAGGCAAAAUCAUGUCCCAGGGGAAGUAUACUGAGUAUCAUGAGGAUGAAGUACCAGAGACCCUCCAGAAAAUGACAGAUGAGACAUUGAGGAAGGGUCCUGAAGGACAGAGUGUGGGGCAAAGGCCUGUGAGAAUAACGUCAACAAAAGAUGAAGUGGACCCCCCACGAAAACAUGACUGUUCAACCUCUUCUAUGGAAGCUUUGACAGUCAGACACCAGUCUAGUGAAGAUUUUUGCUAUUUGCCACCCAAAGCAAUUGAAAAAGAGGAUUUUAGCACUAUCACAAACUCUUUGUCCUGUAUUAUGCAAAACUACUCUGAAAUAAAGGCAGAAAUUUGUUGUAAAGGGCAGCUGGAAGUUGGAAAUACAGUAGAUGUAGUAGUAUCCUAUACAGAAAAUCCUAGUCUCUUCUGGUGUCAGUUAGCUAAAAGCUCCCAAGACCUGAAGGUACUCAUGGCUAAAAUUCAGGAUUAUUGUAUUCAUUCAGCACAGCCUCAUGAUUGGCCAAAUCCUGUAUGUUUGGCUAAGUUUUCAGAGGAUGGCAAAUGGUACAGAGCUCUUAUUAGUAAGGUGUGUUCUACAGAAGAAGUUGAAGUUGCCUAUGUUGACUAUGGGAAUAAAGAAUGCGUUUCAGUAAAGAAUAUUCGUGCAACUAAGGCUGAGUUUUUGCAGCUGAAAGCCCAAGCUUUCAGAUGUAGCCUUUAUAAUUUAAUUCAGCCAAAGGGACAGAAUCCUUUUGUUUGGGAUGAAAAAGCCACUGAAGCUUUUCAGGAAUUUGUGGAUUCAGCAACCAAAUUGGAACUAAAAUGUACCAUAUUUGCUUUAGCGGCAUUAAAUAAUACAGAUCUCCUUAAUAUUGUGGACUUAAUUACACCCUUUGAAAGUGUUUGCCAUUUUUUAACAAGAAAGGGUCUAGCCAGACUCAUACAGCCACAGAAACCCCUGAUAUCACCUGCUCAUCUUCUCUCAUACUAUUAUUCAACACAUGACAUCAAAAUAGGAAAUGAAGAGGUGGUUUAUGUUACACAUGUUAAUGAUCCCUGUCUCUUUUAUUGUCAACUUGCUAGAAGUGCAAAUAUUCUUGGACAGUUAACCAGUAACAUUGGUAAGCUCAGCAAAAUGUGGCACAGUUUGCGAACAUCUCAGGUCCCUGGAAAUUUGUACCUUGCAAAGUAUACUGAUGGCUACUGGUAUAGGGCAGUUGUGACUUCAGCAAAAGAUACCAAAAAAGUGUUCUUUGUGGAUUUUGGGAAUACAAUGUUCUUAAAGGAUGAAGACCUGAUUGUAGUACCAAGUGAUGCUGAUGAAUUAUUGCUUUUGCCAAUGCAAGCCAUAAAAUGCUCUCUUUCUGAUGUUGCUGAUGUACCAAAAGAUGCUGCUGUGUGGUUUGAAAAAGCAGUACUAGAUAAGCCCUUAAAGGCUUUGAUAGUAGCAAAAGAAGCUGAUGGAAAACUGAUUGUUGAACUGUAUGAUGGUAAAAUGCAGAUCAAUGCAAAACUGAAAGAGGGUUUAGGUUUGCAAUGCAGGAGAGGAAUGGCAGAAAAUGAAGCCUUGUUGUCUACGGAAGCAAACACUGAAAAAACGUUACCUUUGACAGGCAUUGUCAAUCCUGUUCCUAAGAGCAAGAGGUGGUGCACUGAAAAUCUGGAAACAUCGGGCAGUAGUAAACACAGUGCUAUGUGUAGAGAAGCAAGACAAUUGCAACAGAAAACAAAAAGGGAAAUGACAAGAAAGUUUCCAGUAGAAAGGUUCAACAGAAGUGAUUCUGAUGAAUGUAAGAAGGACAGGGACUUUGCACCCCUUCUGAAGAGAGAGAAGAUGCCGGAUACUAAAAAUGGAAAUCUAACUGAAACUAAUAGAUGUUCUUCACUUAAAAAGAUAUGUGAUCUACCUCAAAAAACCAUAAACCCUGGUCUUAAAACUUUGGUGUAUGUUUCUCAUAUAAAUAAUCCUUUUGAUUUUUAUGUUCAGCUAGUAGAUGAUGAACCUCUGCUUGACAGUAUUUCAGAAAAGCUAAACAAUUCUAAAACAAUUGAGACCCUAAAUGGGCAGCAGCUUUGUAUAGGAGAUCUAAUGUGUGCACACUUUUCAGAAGAUGGCUUAUGGUAUCGAGCUGUAGUCAACGAAGAGCCCUCUGGUGACUUGGUGAAUGUGCAGUAUAUUGAUUAUGGCAACACUGCAGUAGUUAACAUCUGCAAAACACGAAAACUUCUUGAAGACUGUCUAUCGUUCCCAGUGAUCAGCAUUCAUUGUAGACUGGGUGGAGUUAAAACCACAGAACUUCCAGAAUGGUCACAGGAAGUGGUACUUUAUUUCUCCCAAAGGACAAGUGAGAUUCAGAUGAAUAGUGAAUUUCUGGAGAAAAUGGAUGAGAAAUGGGAAAUUCUCCUGUGUGACAAAAAUAGUGAUGUAACAGUGGAUUUGGCUAAAAGUUACCCUGUAUACAAAAAAAUUCUUUUGCUGGAGACAACUGACAAAAAAGAUAGCAAGGCUGACCUGAUAAACCUGUGUGACGCUGUUCUCUCUGUUGAGUAUAGCAACCCACCAAGUAUUACAGAUGCCAGACUAUUUCUCUGGAAGAUACCUGAAGUAGGUCAAACUGUGAAAACCUUUUCAGUAAUUGUAAAGAACCCGGGAUAUUUUUGGUCUCAGUUUGCUGACACAGAUGAUAUUAUUUCAAUUGAAAGAAAGCUUCAGGAAGCUGGAGAGCUUCCAGGAAUCAGUGUGGAUGACGUUACAAGUGGGUAUCCUUGUUUAGCAAAGUAUAAUGAAGACGGCAUAUUUUAUCGGGCAGUUGUUAGCAAUGUAGAGGGGAACACUUUGACAGUGAUUCAUAUUGAUUAUGGAACAGAAGCACUUACCACUACAACAAUGAUCAGGGAAAUCUCUGAUGAGCUAUUAUCAUUACCACCUCAAGCAUUUAACUGUUGUCUCUUUGGCUUUAAUUCUGCAGAAGGUUCAUGGACUGAAGGAAUAAAUAACAUUUUCUGUGAUAUGGUAGCUGAUUCUCCAUUAGAGAUUACAAUCAUGGACAAACAAAACCAUGGUCCUUCAGAAAUUCCUUUAUUUAGUGUUAAACUGGAAUGUCGAAAGAUAAGUAUCAAUGAGAAAAUGAAACUCUUUUGGAGACAUAAUGCUGAAGACAAAAGUUUCACUUUGGCAAAUACUCACAAUCUUGAAGAACAGAAGAAAGAUGUAGAAAAGGCUAUGUUGUUUGAAACUGAAACAUCUGCUUGUUCACUCAUGUCUCACAAAGAUACUAGUGCUUUAGAAGAUUUAUUGUGUUCUAUGGAAUUGCAACCAAUGGAUAAGUGCUUAGUUGAUGCAAGGAGCAGAGUUUCAUUAGAAACUUUUUCUCUAACUUCAUCCAUAUAUCAAACCAGGCACCAUCAAACCACCCUUGAAGCACUUGAUAUAGUGGACCAACAAACUAUGUUUAAAACAUCUAAUCAUGAAACAGACCAUUAUAUAUCUGAAAAAGAAAGUGAUACACCAAAUUCUCUAGAUACUUCUGAAAUGCAGGUUGCUAGUGAAACUGAAGUGUUAAGACGUGAUACCUUUGAAACUCAAAAAGAGACUGAAGCCCAAGCAGAAAUGCUGGCACUAGAUUCACCUACAGUACAGCUGCCUUUGGAUGCCUUCUCAGCCUUGGUGCCCUGUAUGGUGCCACCUGCAUCAGAUGAUCCCGAGCAGCUGCUGGUGGAACUGGACAUGUUAAGAAUGGAUUCACUUGAAGAAAUGUUGAAACUGGCAAUAACUGAAGAAAACCCUUUCUUGCGUGAUGAACCAAGAGAGAGAUCAGAAUUGGAUUUGUUUGAAGUACCACAUGUGAAAGAAGAGUUAGAAGACAGCUAUUCACUAACAGAUGCAGGUGAUAGUUUGCUGCUAGAACUGGCAGUGCCUAAAGUGCAUCCAUUGCAGGCUGGUGAAACAGUGGAGGAUACAUUACUGUUGGAACCAUGUACCGUCUCCCCUCUUGCAGAUAACAAGAUCCAAUCAUCAUUUUCACAAACUGAAUUAAAACAAGGCUUCCCUUGCAGUGACAUUGUGGAAGUGUGCGGAACAGCACAAGAUGGCAAAAAAACCAAUUGUGUAGAAUGGCAAACUCUGCUGGGGAAGAGCUAUGUAGAAACACAGAGGAGCCAUGACAUGUGUGAAAGAUCUAAAGAUGACAAUUCCGUUAGAGAAGAUUCUUUGAGAGUUGCAGUGCUGGAUGAAGAGCAAGUUACAGAUAAAAAAGAAUCCAUUUGCAACUUAAUGGGAUUUGAUAUUGGUUCCAAAUGCAUGGUGUGGUCAGGUGUUCAGUGGUACAAAGCUCAGAUUUUAGGUGUAUCUGCUGAAGGCACAAAGGUCUUGAAUCUUUCAAAUGGAAAUGAAGAGGUAGCCAAUCCUACAGAUGUCUGGAAUGGGAUUCCUGAACUGGCUUUUAAUCUAACUGAGACAUGGAACAAUAAAAUGGAGACCUCACAUUCUUUGCCAGCAGGUGAUUUGGUAGUUGAAGCAGAAGUGACUGGUGGUUCAGAUGACAGAAUUGAACAGCUUCUGUGUUGUGAGAGCUGCUCUGAAAAUACACCUGAGUGA